UGAGCUCUGGGUCAAACUAUAUAUUAUGUGGGAGAUUUUUGACUGGCUUAUUAAAAAAAUACUUCAAAGCAGCAUGGAGUGGCUGGGUUUGGUGGUGGCUCUGGGUGAGAGGUGUUGUUUUAACCUUUUCUCUCUGUGCCAUUUCCAUGUUUUAAAAACCUGCUAGUAGUGGCAGUGGGGGAAAAGACUGGCAGCUAUCUUUUACCUACUAUAACUAAUAACUGAUUCAGGGAGGGGAAAAGACUUUGAAACUCCAUGCAGAGAAAAUGUUAGGUCGUCAGACCACAGUGGUGAUCUACCCAUUUUGGACCAUAGUGGUAAUCUAGUUCAACACCCCCACCCCAGCAACUUUACAUCUCCCAUGUUGUUUGACCCUUUCCCCUUUCAGCUUUUGUAUGUGAACAUGUGAGAUGCUGCUGCAAUUGAAAGAAUUUUUUUGGCUAAUUUAUACAUUUUUUGCCGGAGAUUUUUUCCUCCUUACCGCAAGCACUGCAUUUUCUUGCAUCACUGCUGUAGCAACUGAAGGCGCUGGCUGACAGAACAAAGAGCUCAGUGCCCUCAUUGCCGGUAAGCUUACCUCUAAAGCUCUAUUUUGUUUUAGUUGGGGGCACUUAUUUUUGCUGCACUGUUUACUUAAGGUGAAGGUGGAUGGCAGGUAGCCUGUAGGCCCGUUUUGACCUAUGAAGCAAUGUUAUUUGACCCAUAGUGGCGUUACCAAAUCAGGGUAUGGUAAAAACUUGUCCUACAAAUGUGGAAAAGAAAGGAGUUUUCAAAAAUUGUGUGAGAGAUUCUACCAUCUUGCUGUUGCAUCUCUCUUUUGGUUCUGUGGCCGAGCACCUUUUUAGCCUAUGUAGAGCAUCCUUCAUUGUCUAGAUGCACCUGGCCAUUCUGGCGGGGACUGAUGGCAGUUGUAGUCUACAACAUCUGGAGGUAACCAAGUUGAGGAUGGCUGGUGUAGAGCCUGAAUGCUCAUGAAUAAUUUUUUUGUUUUUAGGUUCCAGGAUUUUCAAGGAGGAUUAAAUUAUUUGCAAGGCUUCCCGAAGGAGCAUUAAAACAUUUUGCAGUUCCUCAUGAAUUUAUUUCAUAUGAAACUGUGUGAGGUCAGAAGGCAAAUUCCAGUUUCCUCCCUCAGUCAGGGCCUCACUAAUGGUCCCUCCCCUUCAAACUCCCAGCUGUGUUCAGUCAAUCCAUUAAAUGUCCUAAUGGCUGGGGGAAAUGAUGAAAAUUAAUACAUAUCUAAUUUAGUGAUUUACCUUUAACUGCAUACAUGCCAGCCUCCUAAUAAUAAUGUUUGCUUGAAUAUUCAUGGAGGAUAAGGCUAUCAGUGGCUAUUAGCUAGAAUGGCUGUGCUCUUCCCCAGUGAUGGAGUUAGUAUACCUCUGAAAUAAAUAGGGGUGAGGGCUGUUGCACUCAGGCUGGCCCUGGGGGCUUCCCAUAGGCAUCUGUUUGGCCUCUCUAAGAACAGAAUGCUGUAUUAGAUGGGGUUUUGGUUUGAUUCAGCAGCCAGGCUUUCCCUGUGUUCUUGCUUUCGUAGAGUGUAGGAAUUGGUUCCUAAUUGCUAAACUAAAUUCCUUGCAAUCUUACUUGGGAAAACUAAUUACUUGCAGGGCCCCACUCCAGCUGCGAGAACUUGUCAACUGUCGUUGGGCUGAGGAGGUCACCCAGCAGCUUGACACACUUCAGCUGUGCAAUUUGAACAAGCAUGAAGAAAAUGAAAAGGACAAGUGUGAGAAUCAUCAUGAAAAGCUCAGUGUCUUUUGUUGGACAUGUAAGAAAUGCAUUUGCCACCAGUGUGCUCUUUGGGGUGGAAUGCAUGGAGGACAUACGUUCAAACCGUUAGCCGAAAUUUAUGAACAGCAUGUCACAAAAGUAAAUGAAGAGGUGGCAAAGCUUCGCCGAAGACUUAUGGAGUUGAUCAGUUUGGUGCAAGAAGUGGAAAGGAAUGUAGAAGCAGUACGCAGUGCGAAAGACGAGCGUGUUCGGGAAAUCAGGAAUGCAGUAGAGAUGAUGAUUGCUAGGCUAGACACUCAGCUGAAGAACAAACUUAUAACACUAAUGGGUCAGAAGACAUCCCUCACCCAAGAAACUGAACUCCUGGAAUCCCUGUUACAAGAAGUAGAGCACCAGCUACGCUCAUGCAGUAAAAGUGAACUGAUAUCAAAAAGCUCGGAGAUAUUGAUGAUGUUUCAGCAGGUGCAUCGGAAACCCAUGGCCUCCUUUGUCACUACACCUGUCCCUCCAGACUUCACAAGUGAGUUGGUUCCUGCAUAUGAUUCAACUACCUUUGUCUUGGAGAACUUCAGCACUUUACGCCAGCGGGCAGAUCCAGUUUACAGUCCACCUCUUCAAGUUUCUGGGCUUUGCUGGAGGCUCAAGGUUUAUCCAGAUGGAAACGGAGUGGUGCGAGGCUAUUAUUUAUCUGUGUUUCUCGAGCUGUCAGCUGGAUUGCCAGAAACAUCCAAGUAUGAAUACCGUGUCGAAAUGGUCCACCAAUCCACUAAUGAUCCUGCUAAAAAUAUCAUUCGAGAGUUUGCAUCUGAUUUUGAAGUUGGCGAGUGCUGGGGUUACAACAGGUUCUUUCGACUGGACUUGCUUGCUAAUGAGGGCUACUUAAACAGGCAGAAUGAUACUGUCAUCUUAAGGUUCCAGGUGCGGUCACCCACCUUCUUCCAGAAAUGUCGGGAUCAGCACUGGUACAUUUCUCAGCUGGAAGCUGCUCAGACAAGCUAUGUCCAACAGAUAAAUAACCUUAAAGAGAGGCUUGCAAUCGAGCUUUCUCGUACCCAGAAAUCCCGUGGCAUGUCUCCCCCUGAUACUCACCUCAGCCCACAAAGUGAUGAUGGUCCAGAAGCAAGACCUAAGAAGUCAGGAUCAAACUCGGAAGUGCAUAUUGAGGCUGUGGCCAGCACAGCAUCUGCUAGAGAAGCAAAGGAUGACGAGGAAGAAAAAAUACAGUAUGAAGACUUCAAUCAUGAACUCUCAGAUGGGGACCUUGAUGUCGAUCUUGUUGGGGAGGAUGAGGCAAACCACCUGGAUGGCAGCAGCUCUUCAGCUAGUUCCACAGCGACCAGCAACACAGAAGAAAAUGAUAUUGAUGAAGAGACCAUGUCUGGGGAAAAUGAUGUGGAAUACAAUCACAACAUGGAGUUGGAGGAAGGAGAUAUUGUGGAGGAGGCAGCUUCUGCCGCAGCAGGUGCCUCGGGUGGGAGCCACGGCUAUCCCACUGCAAGCAGCCGCAUGUCCAGGAGGGGAGGAAGCGCACUAGGCUCUUCAGCCAGUAGCAGCUUACUUGACAUAGACCCUUUGAUUUUAAUUCACCUGUUGGACCUGAAGGACAGGAAUGGGAUGGAAAACCUGUGGGGCCUACAGCCGCGCCCUCCUGCUUCACUGCUGCAGAACAGAGCAUCCUAUUCUCUAAAAGAGAGGGAUCAGCGGAGGCACCAGGCCAUGUGGCGUGUUCCACCAGACUUGAAGAUGCUGAAGAGGUUGAAAAGCCAGAUGGCCGAAGUCCGCAGUAAAAUGUCAGAUGUGAAGAACCAGCUGUCGGAGGUCCGGAGCAGCAACGCUUCUGAUGGGCCAGCUGCUUACUCGUUUCCUGGUGACCAGGGAACCUUAGCUACUUGUGGGACGGAGAGCUACAACAAGCUACAAGAACUUGGGAGGGAGCUGCUGACAAAAUCAUCCCUCUCUAGCUGCUACAUACGUAAUUCCACAAAUAAGAAAAUGCAUUCAAACAAAGCUAGUCGAAGUGGAGCAGCAGGGAGUUUGUCUCUGCGAAGAGCAAUGGAUUGUGGGGAUGGAAAUCUUCACUUGAAGGGAGAUUGUCAGAUUUCCUCUGAAGGUUGCCUGGGAAACCCAAAGCCCAGCAGUAGGCAUGGCUCCCCCAGGUCCUUGAUGAACGGCUGUGCCUCAGAGCCAUUGUCUAAGCCCGAAGACAGGCAGUGUGAAGUCUCAGAUUCUGAUGUGGGUGCAUGUGGCUUAAAUGGCAUAAUGCCUGUGGAAAAGGCCAGGAAAAUCACUGCUGUGGGACCCAAUUCAAAUAGAUGCCGCGUGGAAACAACAGAGCCUGCUGACUUAGAAAACAACACGGAGGCUGGAGAGCUGCAGGUUGUGCUCUCUGAGGGAGCCUCAGCAGGGGCAGAAGAAGCUGGGCUUUGCCAGAAGCACAUCCUUCACCUCCUGCCAGGCAUGAGCAGUGACAGUGACAUUGAAUGCGACACAGAGAAUGAAGAGCAGGAGGAUGGGGAAGCUGCCAGUGCCGUUCCAGAUGUCUUCAGCCAGGCUUUCCAGUCCCAGCCUUCAAGUGAUGCCUUUGAGCUAUGCUCAGUUUUUCCUGAGGGUGACCAAACAGGCCCCGAAGACCUCCCUUUUGCCACCGGAAAGGACGGCAGCACAAGGUAGAGCAUGAGGUAGCAGGGGCUACCCAAAGCAUUCAUUAGCCAGUUGAAGGUGGCUGGAUGAAGCAUCACAGGGUCCUGCUUAAUUCACCUGCAUUGUUUCUGGUAAUGCCUUGUGCACAUUUCCUUGCUCCUUCCAGUCCUUUUCCUACUGAAAAUCUAGCUGUACUUGGCUUUUCUGAUCCUGCUUGGUGUCAAUCUGCAUCCUGCGUGCCUCUAAAAGGUGCUGGAGCCUCAGCCUUGCUCUUCAUGGCUGAGGAGUUUGGGAUGGGAGAGGGAGAAGGGGAAGGGAAUGCCCAUGCCACCUUUAUUUUUAAGUGAAUUGAAAUGACACUAAAGCUGUUACACUUCUGAUUCCUGAACUACUUACAGUGAAAUGCCUCUAUCCAUGAGUCUCUCCUCUCUCCCCUGCCCCCUCCUCCCAUUAGUCCAUUUUUGGCCAGUUGAAAACACUUGUUGCCAAACUCUUUUGCCACUGUGCAUUGCAUCUCAGCUGCUAAAGGUGUUUUGUGAAGCUAAGCUGAAUUGGCUGUUUUCUUUAAAGCAUGAGUUACUGUAUAAAUGUUUGUUGCGUCCUCCUGAAUGUUGUACUAAAUGGAAGGAUUUAUUCUUAAAUUGUCGUUUUAACUGCUGUAAAAAUUCAUAUAGUUCAGAUGAAAAUGGUUUGCACUUUUAAUUAAUAAAAUGAACAUGGAAAUGACAGUGCUUGUGCAGUUUAAACCACAGACCUUGGACUUAAAGGGAUAUUGUGUGUUGUAUGGGGAUGGCAGAUUGUAUGCAAUAAAUAGCUGUUAAAAUGCCCUGAUUGUUACAAGCUGGUGAAGAGAGAGUGCCUAAAGCAGAGAAUGAGAUGCAUAUCCUUAGGAUUUCUUAUCAAUGCAGCAGCACUGAUGAUGGUAUUUAAGGUUGGGUCUGCUCCAGUGGAUAAACUUGGCCACAUCCCUCUGCCACUUGAUAUACCUCUUCUCCACUUGCUUUAUUGGUCAUAGCUUGAUUGCUGAAAUCUCCCAACCCACACUUCACAGUGCCCACGUUAGACACAAAGAUGUAACAUUUUCUCUUGAAAGUGUAGCUUGCACUGGGUAAGGUCAAUUCCAAUACUCCAAAAUGUCAAGCCAUUUGCAAGUUCCUCUGGUGAUAUUUUCAGUUAGAACAGCAAGACUGUGCUUAGCAGCAGAAUUGAAGUCCUGUUGUUGCCUGACGUAAGAUUCCCCACCCCCCAAUUUAGCUCCUUUUAAAAAGUAACUUUGUUUCCCCCCCUCUUG